GGAAGAGCAUAGUAUGCCUGAUCCAGCAAAGACCGCGCCCAAGAAGGGCUCCAAGAAAGCCGUAACUAAGACAGCUGGCAAAGGCGGCAAGAAGAAGAGAAAGACCAGGAAGGAGAGCUACGCUAUCUACGUGUACAAGGUGCUUAAGCAGGUACACCCCGACACCGGCAUCUCCUCCAAGGCUAUGAGCAUAAUGAACUCCUUCGUCAACGACAUUUUCGAGAGGAUCGGCGGUGAGGCCUCCCGCCUGGCGCACUACAACAAGCGCUCAACCAUCACUUCCAGGGAGAUUCAGACCGCCGUGCGCCUCCUGCUGCCCGGAGAGCUGGCAAAGCACGCCGUGUCCGAGGGCACCAAGGCCGUGACCAAGUACACCAGCUCAAAGUAAACUGCGUCUGCACCUUAAAUGAAAACAACGGCCCUUUUCAGGGUCACCCGCUCUAAAAAAAGGCAUUUUCCGGUUCAUUUUUGGGUUUUAAAGUUAUUUUUGAUACUCUAGCCCAAAAUGAAAUCACACCAGUGUAAUAGCCCAGGUAGCUUUUAGAUUAUUAAGAAUCAGUUCUCAAAGUGAUUAGUUAAACCAUGAAAUUACACGCAAUGAGGAAAAGGAAAAAAAACCUGGAUACAUUAAUUCUGUACAGAGCACAUUACAGGCAAAGCAAUAGAGAAGAAACCCAAAAUCACAGUAAACUUGGACUUAAAAUGGAGGUGAGUUGUUUGUCCCUAACAAUUCAUGAAACUCUGGAGGCUUACUUUUUUCUUCAUUUCAAGAUUAGAUGAAACUGACAGCUUUACUUUUUUAUGCAUCUCUCUUCAAAAUGACACUGCAUUGUAGUUAGUCCAAUUGUAUUUAAGCUUUGGCCAAAAAAAAAAAAAAACUAAAAAGGCUUAUUAAUGAAGUUCAACAAUCUCACCCACUUUGAAGUUGCUCAGUUCCCUUUCCCCACUUCCUUCUCCUGGAUUCCUUCAGUUGUCAAACACCAUAUUACAAUUUAAAAUAAAUAAAUAAAUAAAAACAAAAUUAUAAUAAUUAGUGCUACUGGAGUGCUGCACUGGAUCAAAAACUUACACUCAUCA